AUGCCUCCUCCACUGCCAGCAUUGACUGCCAGCGCCUCACCUACGGCAUCGUCUCAUCCACUGCUGCCGUCACCUCAUCCACUUCCACCUUUCAUCUCAUCCAUAGUCAACUCUGCCCUCAUCCACUGCCAGUUUUGCCUCAUCUGCCUACCAACACUGCCUCAUCCACUGUCAGCACUGACUCCUCCACUGGAUCAUCCACUACCAAUUAUUUCGCCCGCUGCCUGCACUACCUCAUCCACUGCCAGCAUUGCCUCAUCCAAUAGGCCUACCAACAUUGCCUCAUCCAAUAGGCCUUCCAACAUUGCCUCAUCCAAUAAGCCUACCAACAUUGCCUCAUCCAACAGGCCUACCAACAUUGCCUCAUCCAAUAGGCCUACCAACAUUGCCUCAUUAACAUUGCUCAUCCCUACCAACAUUGGCCUACCAACCUCAUCCAAUAGGGGUGCCUCAUCCAAUAGGCAACAUUGCUCAUCAAUAGGCCUACCAACACUCAUCCAACAGGCCUACAACAUUGUCUCAUCCAAUAGGCCUACCACAUUGCCUCAUCCAAUAGGCAACAUUGCCUCAUCCAAUAGGCCUACCAACAUUCCUACAUUGGGCAAUAGGCCUACCAACAUUGCCUCAUCCAAUAGGCCUACCAACAUUGCCUCAUCCAACAGGCCUACCAACAUUGCCUCAUCCAAUAGGCCUACCAACAUUGCCUCAUCCAACAGGCCUACCAACAUUGCCUCAUCCAAUAGGCCUACCAACAUUGCCUCAUCCAAUAGGCCUACCAACAUUGCCUCAUCCAAUAGGCCUACCAACAUUGCCUCAUCCAAUAGGCCUACCAACAUUGCCUCUACCAACAUUGCCUCAUCCAAUAGGCUACCAACAUUGCCUCCAAUAGGCCUACCAACAUUGCCUCAUCCAAUAGCUACCAACACUGCCUCACCAGAUGCCUCAUCCACUGACAGCAUUGCCUCAUCCAAUAGGCCUACCAACACUGCCUCAUCCAAUAAGUCUACCAACAUUGCCUCAUCCACUGCCAGCAUUACUAUAUCCACUACCUCCCUAUUGCCUCAUCUGAUUCAUGCAUUGUCAUCCACAGCCAUCAUCGCCUCAUCCAUUAGCGACAUCACCUCAUCCACUCCAAUCAUCCACCUUCUUCUCAGUCACCAACCUUCAUCAGCCGAGACCGAAGACGGUGCCAGAAUACCGAACGAAGGCGCAUAUUCAAGGAGCAGUCAGAGCAGGAGGUCAAAGGUCACGCGACGUCUUGCAUCGGCUAAGGAAAUUCUGCUAAAUAUUCUGAGCAGCGAAGGUCCACGUGUUGCAUGA